AUCUACUGAGACAUCAUGAGAGCCACUCCAGCCAUCCUAUUGAUCCUUUGUCUCCUAGCUGCCAGUCAUGCCUGGGACUGUCAGCCUGUAGUGGAUAUCAAGAAUCUGAUGCAGAUCGAUGCAGGACUGGGGCAAGUGGUUGCUACGAACACAAGUCAAACCCCCUACUACCUAGUAGGUGAUAAAUGGAUCCCCCUGCCUGGUUCCCUGAAGCAUAUCACUGUAGGACCAGCAGGGAUCUGGGGUAUCAACAAGGCAGACUCAAUCUACAAGUAUGUGGCUGGUAACUGGGUGCAAGCUGCAGGCAGUCUGAAGCAAGUGGAUGCUGGGGGCAACCAGUUUAUUGUGGGGGUCUACAUGAAAGAUACUUCAUUCUGUCUGACAAGUAGUGCCACAGUUGGCUACAAGGGUCCAGGCUCACCUCUUCCAUGGACAGGAUUGCCAGGAGCUGUGAAGUACUACAGCUGUGGACCCUUUGGGUGCUGGGCAGUCAACAAGAAUGAUGAUAUCUUCUUAAUGAGUCUGAAUCAAGACUGCCAAAACAACGGGUGGAGUCACAUUGAUGGCAAGCUUUCCAUGAUUGAAGUGGCAACUGAUGGUAGUGUCUUUGGGGUCACCUCUGCGGGUAGUGUUUAUACCAGAGACGGCAUCACAGCCAGUAAACCAGAAGGCACUGGAUGGAGCCAUAUGCCAAUGUGCAUGAUAAUGAAGCAUGUGACCUACGACCUGGGCCGUCUUUGGGUCGUCUCCAAGUCCGGCUUCGCCAUGGUGUGCACACAUUAGCUUCUCCUUUGCAGCUGAAGGCCAUUCAGAAUCUGACAAGUUCACUUGCUAUCUCAUUGAUGUUGAUUUCUGGAAGAGCCUUCUGCUUGAGAAAUGUUUAUGUUAUUUCACAAGAUCCCUUAAUACAAAA